AUGGAGACAAAAAAUAAGAGGGUGACACUAGAAAAAAUAAGGAGGAGUCUCCGUUUCAAUAAUGGGUGCUACGUUGACCCGGAUGGUACCUCAGGUGGACUUGCUCUUUGGUGGUCUGAUGAGGUAAUUUUGGAUGUUCGUUUUAAAUCUAAAAAUAUGUUUAGAUGUGUAGUUAAAUGGCCUCGUGUUAGCUCUCCGUGGUUAGUUACCUUUGUUUAUGCUCCUCCUAUUUGGAAUCAUAGAUUGGAAUUUUGGAAUAGUUUGAAGAUGGUUGCUAGAGAGAAUAUUUAUCCAUGGCUGUGUGUUGGAGACCUUAAUGAUUGUGGAUCCCAAGCUGAAAAGCAAGGUGGAAACCCAUGCAGCAGGGGUAGACUGGAUCAAUUUCAUAGUAUGAUUUCAGAGUGUGAAUUUAUGGAUCUAGAAUUCAAGGGGCCUUGCUAUACUUGGUCUAACAAUCAAGGAGGGGAGAAUAACAUCCGUAUUCGUUUAGAUAGAGCUUUGGCUUCUGUGGCUUGGCGCAAUUUAUUUCCUCUUUCGCAGGUCAUGCAUGAACUCCGGGUGGGCUCGGAUCAUUGCCCUCUUUUGAUCAAAUGUAGUGUUCCUUUAAAGAAAGUUCCUUUUAAUUUUAAGUUUGAAUCGAAGUGGACUACCCAUUCGGAUUGUGGGCAAGUGGUUACCAGGGCAUGGGACUUUCAUCAAGGAGGCUCUGAUUUAUUUGGUUUAGUUCAAAAAUUAAAGAAAUGCAAAGCAGCUUUGUUGGAAUGGAGCAGACAGGUUUUUGGCAAAGAUAAGUUGAAGUUGAAGCUUUUACAGAGUAAUCUCAAAGCUAUUCAAAUUCUCCCUUUUUCACAGGAAAAUUUUCUUAGAGAAAAGGAGAUUUUGAAGGAGAUUGAGAUUCUUUCAUUGCGAGAGGAGAUGGCUCUUCAUCAACGGUCUAGAGUGAAUUGGCUUUCUUACGGAGAUAAAAAUUCUGCGUUUUUUCAUGCUACUAUCAACCAGAGGAGGCAACGUAAUCAAAUUUUGAUGCUUAAAUCUGAUAGAGGAGACUGGAUCCAGGAUGAGGAUGGUAUUAAUGGCUUAAUCUCUGAAUAUUUCUCAAAUUUGUUCGACCGUUCAGGAAUUAGAGAGUUUUCAGAUGUGCUUUAUGUGGUGGAUAGAUGUAUUACUGACGAGAUGAAUCGUGAUUUGGUAAGAGAAGUGUCAGUGGAGGAGAUUAAGCAUGCUGCAUUCGAAUUGGGUUCCCUUAAAGCUCCGGGACCGGAUGGAUAUCCGGGAUUUUUCUUUCAGACCUAUUGGGGUAAGGUAGGGGAAGGAGUGUGUAAGGCAGUGAAGCGUUUCUUUUCUAAUGGGUUCAUGUUGAAGGAGUUAAAUAAUACUAAUAUAGUUCUGAUUCCCAAGGUUAUGUUUCCUGAAUCAUUGGGUCAGUUCAGACCGAUUAGCUUAUGCAACUUCUCCAUGAAAGUGAUUUCUAAGGUGAUGGCUAAUAGGCUUAAGAGUAUUCUUAUAAAGGUUAUCACCCCAAACCAGUCUGCUUUUGUACCUGGCAGGAUGAUUCAGGAUAAUGUUAUAGUGGCUCAUGAGGCGUUCCAUUUUCUGAAGAUGAAGAAGAAAGGGCAGGAUGGGUUUAUGGCUGUCAAGUUAGACUUCAAUAAAGCAUAUGAUAGGGUGGAAUGGGAUUUUGUGGAAGCAUUGCUGGUAAAGAUGGGAUUUCAUCAAAAGUGGGUUCAGUGGGUGGUUCAGUGCAUCUCAACUGUCAGUUUUAAUGUGUGCAUUAAUGGAGAAGCUAGAGUGAAGAUCAGGCCAAGAAGGGGAAUUCGUCAAGGAGAUCCUUUAUCCCCCUAUUUAUUUGUGAUUGUGAAAGAUGUGUUGUCCCGAAUGCUUUCAAAGGCCUGCAGGAACAAAGCUCUUGUGGGAAUCAAGAUGGCGCGUAACUGCCCUCAAUUGUCUCAUGUUUUCUUCGCAGAUGAUGCCAUUCUUUUCCUCAAAGCAGAAAUGCAGUAUUGUAAAGCUCUUAAGGCUAUUCUGAAGAAUUAUGGUAUGGCAUCAGGACAAAGGAUCAAUUUUGAUAAGUCAGGUAUUGCAUUCUCUUCUAAUUUAAAUGCAAAUGAUAAACAAUUGGUCUGUGAUUUUUUUGAUAUUCCUUUGAUGAAACUGGACUCCAAAUAUUUGGGGCUGCCCUCCUUUUGGGGCAAAUCCAAAGCUGAUGCCUAUCUUUAUCUUGUGGAACGUGCUCUUUAUAAAAUGCAAGGUUGGAAGUGCUCCCAAAUGUCUCAAGGGGGCAAAGAAAUUAUGAUUAAGUCUGUGGUCCAAGCAAUUCCUAGUUAUGCCAUGUCUUGCUUUCUUCUACCAAAGAGUAUCUGUGAUAAGCUCAAUUCGAUAGUCUCCAACUUUUGGUGGAAAGGGGAUCCAGAGAAGAAAGGCAUACAUUGGAAGAGUUGGGAGUGUAUGACUCGACCUAAGGAGGAAGGGGGGAUGGGAUUCAGAAAUUUCAGAGCAAUGAAUGAAGCUCUUCUAGCUCGUCAAAGCUGGAGGUUGCUUAAGAAUCCAAAUGCUUAUUGGGCAAAAAUUCUUAAGGGUCUUUAUUUCCCUAAAAGUUCGUUUCUUGAGGCAGUUAAGGGGAGUAGAGCCUCUUGGGUCUGGCUUAGCAUUCUACAUGGGAGAGAGACUCUGGCUAAAGGUUUAAGGUGGCAAGUCCAGGGGGGGAGCCAGAUUAAAUUCUGGGACGACAAGUGGAUUCCUUCUCUUCCACAGUUCAAAGUAGCCACUCAGAAGCCUGUGGGAAGUAGCAUCGAAUGGGUAGCAGACAUCAUUGAUAAAGAGAGGGGUUGUUGGAAAAAGGAGAGACUAAAUUUGGUGGUCUCUGCUGAAGAAAUUCAGGCCAUUACUUCUAUCCCUAUUUCCUUAUUUCUUAGGGAAGAUGUUCUGGUUUGGCAUUUUUCUUCUACUGGUGUUUAUACAGUAAAAUCAGGUUACAGAGUUGCUUAUCAAGCUCUUUUUCCUCUUAGUAGUAUUCCCUCGUCUUCUUUUGUUCCUAAUAAAAAUAUGUGGGAUAUUAUUUGGAAAUUGGACAUUCCUCAUAAGAUGCGACAUUUUUGGUGGAGAGCGUGUAGUAAUAGCCUUGCUACUAAGGAAAAUCUGGUUCGUAGAAGGUGUGGUGUAUCAAAAGUCUGUCCUAUUUGUGGGGAUACGGAUGAAGCAAUUGAACAUCUGAUUUUUAAUUGCCAAUGGGUUCGAGCAGUGUGGUUUGGUUGUAAUAUCCAUCUUAAUCUAAAUCAGGAGAACUCUUCUUCGAUUCAGAGGUGGACGUCUCAGGUUGUGGAAAAUUUGAAAGGAAAAGAGUUAUGUCAAUUCUUAGGUAAGGCAGUAACAGUUGCUUGGUUUAUUUGGAAGACCCGUAAUGAGUUCAUUUUCAACUCUGAUCCUAUAAUUCCUGAGAAAACUGUUAGGAGAGCUCUUCAAUGUCUCUGUGAAUUCUCAGAAAUUAGGAUCCCACCUAGUAUCCAUAUGGAUAACCCUUCUUUUGAGGACAGUUAUUCUCAUUGGAGGGCUCCGGAUCAGGGAUGUUACAAGUUCAAUUGCGAUGCUGCAGUAAUGAGCCAAAGGGGAGAAGCAGCGGUUGUCUCAGUUCUGCGGGAUUGGAAAGGAGAUCUAGUGGAUGGCAGAGUUGGUAGAACAUCGGUAACCAGUCCGUUACAGGGAGAACUGCUUGCUAUUCGGCUGGCUUGCGAAAUGGCUGGAGCUCUUGGGAUUUCUAAUGCUUGCAUUGAAUCGGAUAACCAACAAGCUAUCAAGUUAAGUGUGUCUGAGUUGGUUCCGCCUUGGGAAGUGAUGUCUUUGGUAUCGGAUAUCAGGCAGUUUAGGCAAUAUGUUGGGCUGAGUUUUUCUUGGGUGAAGAGGACUGGUAAUCAGCUAGCUCAUUUUGUAGCCACUAAGGCAAUUAGGAAUUUGCUUCCUUUAAAUUGGGUGGCUGCGCCCCCGUCGUUUAUUUCUUCUGUUGUUAGCAGAGAGUCUCCUCCUUUUCUGUAG